AUGUCCAGUUUAAGAAGAAGAAGAAGAAGAAAAAGAAGUGGCUUCCCAAAAGUCUGUAGAUUAUUCAGCAGGGACCUCUUCCAGGGUCACAACGGCAUCAUCCUGGCUAACGACCUAUCCGGUGGAAACGGCGGUGGGUCCGUCGGCGGGACCUCUGUAGGCGUAGGCGGUUCUUUGCCAACCACCGCGCUUAGUUUGGACCAUCAGCAAUUCAACAUUUUUCCGGCGAUAUUUAGUCGGCAACUAAACUUCUCGGCCGCCGCGGCAAACUGCAGCCAGAACAAGCUCAUGGACGAGCUCAGGCCGAACUUGGGACUCCUGGGGGUCGGCCUCGUCGAGAAUGACACUUUUCACAUUAAUCAUAAUCAGGAGAAGAGAAAGUGCAGCAGUGCCAGCUCUAACGAACAGGACUUUGGGCUUUACGGAGUCCAUCAAGGGCUUGAGGCCAGUCCUCCCACGCCGGCGGCUACUCCGGGGAGGAAUAGCGUCGGGAAUGCUACUAGUGUUGGUUACGCGGUGUUUGCAGGUGCAGAGGGUGCUUUCAAAAAAUUGAAACCCGAGCCCUGUGCCUCCAGUCCACAUAUCGGUCACACACCAACCACAGCAAGCUGUCCUACGCCGGCUAGAAGACGACACAGGACAACUUUCACCCAGGAGCAGCUGGCGGAAUUGGAAUCGGCGUUCGCGAAAUCCCAUUAUCCAGACAUAUACUGCAGAGAGGAAUUAGCGAGGAGCACCAAAUUGAACGAGGCUAGAAUCCAGGUAUGGUUCCAAAAUAGAAGAGCCAAGUACCGAAAACAAGAGAAACAGUUACAAAAAGCCCUGGCACCAAUUCCUACAUGUCAAGGUGCGAUGAUGAGAAAUAUUUAUCCAGGUGCUGGAAGAGGGUAUCAGCCUUACGCUCACCCGCACAAUAGUAUCAAUGGGAUAAAUCGUUAUCCUCAGAUGGGAGCGUCGUCUUAUCCAAGUAUGCCUCAACCCUUCUCGAUGUCGCACUCUGCGUCGAAUAUGUCGGCUGUAACGGGAAUGCGACAAGAUGCGAUGGGAAUGUCUGCUGAAGAUGAGUGGUACAACAAAAGCAUUUCCGCGUUGAGAAUGAACACGGCACAUCAUCCAAAUUUAGCUGCGCCUAUGCUUCAAUACCAGACAUAA